AUGUUCGGGGCCGCGACGGAGGAGGACGACGCGGACUUCCUGUCCCCCGCCAGCGGCGCCAGGUUGGCCUCGCUCUUUGGCCUGGAUCAAACGGUCUCGAGCCAUGGAAACGAGUUUUUCCAGUACACUGCCCCAAAGCAGCCGAAAAAGGGCCAGGCAGCAGCCGCAGCUCCGCCAGCCCAGAAGGGUCCCGCAGCUCCGGCCGCCUCCGGAGCCCCCUCGGUGUUCGUGGCCACCGCGGUUCACGCCUAUCGAUAUACAAAUGGGCAAUAUUUGAAGCAAGGCAAGUAUGGAGCAGCUGUAGUGGGGAACCAUGCUACCAAAGAGUACAGGAUCCUCCUUUACAUCAGUCAGCAGCAACAAGUCACGUCUGCAAGGAUCCACCCAGGCUUCAUGCUCACGGUGCAACCCAACAAUUACAGUGCGUUCUAUGAUGAUCAGCGACAAAACUGGUCGAUCAUGUUUGAGUCAGAAAAGGCAGUGAUGGAUUUCAGUAAGCAGGUCUGUAUUGCCAAAUGGAACAGCUCCCCAGUGUUUGACUCGGUCCUUUACCAGGAUCUCCUUCUUGGAGAGGGGCAAGGAGCAGAAGGAGGAGACUCUCUAGAGGUUGCCUACACAGGUUGGCUGUUCCAGAACAAUGGCAUUGGGCAGGUUUUUGACUCAAAUGUCAACAAGGACAAGCUGUUGCGGCUGAAGCUGGGCUCUGGAAAGGUCAUCAAGGGUUGGGAAGAAGGAAUGAUGGGAAUGAAGAAAGGAGGACGAAGGUGUCUCAUCGUUCCUCCUGCCUUGGCGUACGGGACUCAGGGAGUGGCUGGCCGCGUCCCUCCAGACUCCACACUAGUGUUUGAGGUGGAAGUUAGGCGGGUGAAGCUGGUAAAAGAGGCCUCUGGUUCAGAUGGACAGAGUGUUAGUUCUAGAGAUUCUCUUGCACCUUCUCCAGUACCCAAUUCAGAUGGCUUCUCUGCAGAUCCUGUUUUAUUGCCUCCAUCUACAAUACCUCCAAAGCCUGGGGAGCCAGCUGUUCGGGCCAAGUCAAACUCGAUCAGUGAACAAUUGGCAAACCCAGACAUAGCAAAGGCAAAGCUGAUUUCCCGGAUGGCUAAAAUGGGGCAGCCUAUGCUGCCUUUCCUUGCUGGGACAGCAGGAAGUCAGCUUGACUCCAGUGACUCAGAAAUAGAGGAUCCAAACACGUUGAGGGGGACAGCACAGCCAGUGGCUCCAGCUCCCCUGAGACCGUUGCAGCCGCCUCACGCAGCGCUGCCUGCAGCGUCCACGCAAGUACCUCAGGCAUCUGGUUCUACACCCUUUGUAUCUUCUGCUGCUUUGAUCCCUGCCACCAUUCCACCCCACUCAGCUCUGCCUGGAGGAUCACAGGGCUUUCAGGCUUAUACAGGAAUGGCAUUUGCUUAUCCCCAAACCACUGCGUCUGCUUCUCAGCUCCAGCCUGUAGGACAGAUGUAUCCUGCACCUUACCAAGCCCCUGGGGAUGUUACUUCCUUUUUGAUGGCGGAGGCUCGGCAACACAACACAGAAAUCCGAAUGGCCGUUAGCAAAGUGGUGGAUAAAAUGGAUCAUCUGGCUGCGAAGGUGGAGGAGUUAAAGAAACAAAAUACUGGUAACAGUUUAUUACUACCUGGCAUCUCAUCAGUCACCAUGGAAGCCUCCAUGAUCAUGAGCAACAUCCAACGCAUAAUCCAGGAGAAUGAGAGACUGAAGCAAGAAAUAUUUGAGAAGAGCAGUCGGAUUGAAGAGCAGAAUGAGAAGAUCAGCGAGCUGAUUGAGCGGAAUCAGAGAUAUGUAGAACAAAGUAACUUGCUGAUGGAGCAGAGGAACCAUUCACUGCAGGCAACAAACGAAAACACACAAGCAAGAGUGUUGCAUGCAGAGCAGGAGAAGGCCAAGGUUGUGGAGGAGCUGGCGAGCGCCACGGCCCAGGUGUCCCAGCUGCAGCUGGAGCUGAGCGCCCACCAGAAGAAGGAGCUGGAGCUGCGGAAGCAGCUCUGCGCCGCGCUGCAGGACGCGGAGCGCCACGAGGCGCAGCUCAACCGGCUGCAGGGGCAGCUGGCAGAGCUGCAAGAAGCCUCAGAAGAUACUCAGACUAGAUUCAAAGCUGAGAAGCAGAGCCGCAAGCACCUGGACAUGAAGAUUGCAGCGCUGGAAGAAGAGCUAACGGAUCUAAAAGUAGAAAAGGAGACCCUUGAAAGGAGCCUUGCAGAGAGGAAAAAGAAAUCUCUCACAGAGAGAGCUCAAGCAGAAGAAGAGAUGGAAGAGAUACGCAGGUCCUACCAGCAGGAACUAGACAAGCUUCGACAGUUGCUGAAAAAGGCACGGACUUCAACCGACCAGGCAGCAGCAGAGCAGCUGUCACUCAUCCAGGCAGAGCUGGAAUCCCAGUGGGAAGCCAAGUGUGAACGUACCCUGGCCUCUGCCAAGGAGCAGCACGUUAGGCAGUACCAGGAGGUGUGUGAGCAAAGGGAUUCUCUGCAAGAGAAGGUGUCUCAGCUGGAAGAGAAGCUCGCAGCUCUAAAACAUUCCAAAAAAGAAGAGGAGCAGAGAUUUUCAGAGUUGCAGCAACGUUUGGAGGAACUAGAGCCCAUCAAAGAGAAGUAUGUGGCCUUGCAGGCUGACACGGCGGUGCUGAGGGCUGCCCGUGAGGAGCCCGUGCAGGCGCUGGCCAAGGGUCAGGAUGCAUCUCCACCAGCAGACUUCGUAGAAGAGGUAAAGAAGAUCAUGAAUGGAGUGUUUCAGUCUCUUCGGGGUGAAUUUGAACUGGAAGAAACAUACAGUGGCAGGACAGUUCUGGGUGUCGUCAUGAACACUAUUAAGACUGUGACACUGCAGCUACUCCACAGGCAGCAAGAGAGACAAGAGCAUGGCAGUAAAGCAGAGGGAUCUGGGACGGGAGCAGGGAAACAAGAGGAAUCACUUGGAGCAAAGGAAGACCAUGAAGAGCCCGUACUGCAUAGCCCAGCACAGAGCUCUGCGUGCCCAUCCGGUCCCAGGGAGGUAACCACAGACCUCGCAGCCUCUGCUCCGGAGGAUGAGCCUGCUGCUGUGGCUGCCAGGCCAAGACCCCCAGAGGAAGAACAGGCUACACGCAGCAAUGGAGUGUCAGGAGAGGAGAAGGCUGUAGAGGUUUGUGGGGAACUCUGCUCCUCCUCUUCAGGACCUGAAUCCUGCCUCAACCCUGAUAAGGGCCUGCUGGCUGCAGGACAGCCAGUUCCUCUUGUGGGUGAGGACUUCAUUUCAGCUGCCCAAAAGGAGGAGGGCGCUUCCAUGAGAACAGCUGAGAAUGGGCUGUGCCCCUCAGGAGCGUGUUUGCAGGCAGAGGCUGGAAAAGCUUCUGCUCUAGAAACAAAGCCGAGAGAAGUGGAUGUGACCAUGUUCCCAGAGCAGCAAGUUGCAGAGGAGGCAGAGGAGCUCGUGGAGGGGCUAGAGCCCCCUCCCCUGAAUAGUGAGGGAGGGAGCUGUGCUGGCCCCUCCGACGGGGACAGCCCUGAGGAUCCUGCUGCAGCAUCCCGUGCGGAGGAGAAGAGCCCGGCUGUCGUCAGAGAGACCACGGGAUGCCAGGACCAGGGCUCCAGCACCGGGCAGGAGGAUUCCAGCCUUUUUGAGGAUGAGAACUUCUUCAAAACAGCAUCUCAUAAAGCACUGAAGCCUCGAAUUCCAUCUGAGGAGGAAGAGGAGGAGGAAGAAAGCAUGAAGGGGCGCCCCCCUCCAGCUCCGCUCUUUGGGGAUGAUGAUGAUGAUGAUCUGGACUGGCUGGGAUGAAGAGCUGUCUGGCAAGCCUGGGAGCAGUCUCCUUUGGGCAUGGCCUCCUCAUGUGCACUUGGCACCCACAAGCAGCCUGUAUGGGAUAGUUGUGAACAACUGUGAACUUUCUUGUAUUGUGGGCUCGGGGGUCUGGGAGCAAGCGGCUCCUUUGCACUUUUGGACAGUCAGACCCCUCUUUGUGACCUGACAAACGUGCACGGAGCGUGGGCCUGGCUGCAGGGACUGACCGGUCUUGCUGCAUGUUUGUAUCGCUGUCCUGCUUGUGCGAAGCCUUGAUUCAGUGAUCUGGAACUUUAGGCAAAUGUGAACCUUGUAAAGCAUUUCGGAAGAACAAGUUGGGCAGAACUUUGUAUUAGAUUCUGAUUUUUAAACAGACUAAAAUCUCUCCUCCUUCCCUAGUGAGGAUCCCUUUGGAAUAUUGCAGUGUUAGUGCCCAGAGUGGCUCCCGGGAGCUCUGCACCAGCUCCUCACCACGUGCUAGCAAUGGAGGUGAGUGAUUUCCCCCAGGAGAGCCAGGGCGGGCGCAGGGGCUGCACGGGCGGCCUGUGGAAACCCCGGGGCUGGGGGACCCGCCGGCCCAUGGGAGCUGCACCCCACAUGGUGCCUCCCAGCCCCCUCGGCAGCAGUAGCCACACGGCUCCGCUGGGCAGCACGCCGAGUGCAGGGGGAGCAGCUGGCAGCUCUGUUUCCAGAAGCCAAAUCCCCAUGCGUGUCUUGAGGAGCAGCCCGAGGCUCACCCAGGACACUGCUCCAUGCAGACUGUUACAGUCCCCUUUUCUCACUGCUCACAGCCAGAGCUGAGAUCUUGUCUGGGUUGUGCUGCGUUGGCAGAGGAGGCCCCUCCCUAGCAGCAAUACAGCCCUGUCCGUGUGCUCCUCCUCCAGAGACAGAGAGUUACCCUAGCCCAAGUCUCCUGUGCCUUUUUCUCUGCUGCUGCUCGAAGUGGCAUGAGGUGAAAAUACCAAAUGGUGGUUGGUGAAGGCCAGGUCAGGAUGUAGCGUGUGCCAGGCUACGAAGGCGUCGGGCUGUAACCUCUCGGUCUAAGGGGAGCAAAACAGAGAAGUGGGCAAGUAGACAAACACCUGGAAUCUCUGGCACUUUUAGUUCUAGACUCACCUGCACUAAGACAGUUAGAAAUUGGACGUGGGUAUUAGUAACUUUAAAAACAAGCAGAAAAAAACUUUCCCCUUAAGGUGUAAAUUAUUAAAACAGUUCCACUCCCCUUUAAGUUCUACAACUGGUGUUAUCAUCUCAGAACUGGCCUUGAUCUAGUGCUAGGUGCAAUUUCUUCAAAGAAAAAAAAAUUGAACAUGGGGCUGUCCUGCACUUAACUUGGAGCCGGGCACCAGGGCCCUGCCCUGCUUUGCACACUGCCACAUGCAGCUGAAAUUGUGGAAACCAAAGUUUGCAAACUAGCCAACCUGCUCCCCUGCAGAUGCUUGUAUUGGAGGGUGGAUAUUGCUGGCAUUUCCUUGGGAGCAGCUCCCCAAGUCAAAGCACUGAGGAAUUAGGGAGUGCCGAAUGCACGCCUGUGAAACGCAGAUCUCCUGGGGCUCCCCUCCUUGUCCUGCCCCGCGCGUAGAGCCCCUGG